ACAAAGACAAAGAUUGCAAGGGGUUUUGGCGGUUAGGGUUUAGGAAACUCGAUUUUUAUACUUUUUUGUUUUUCUUUGAAUGCUGAACUAAAUUCAUCGCGUAGCGCAGUGUGACGUCCUAAUUGCUUCGUCUUUUCAAAACCUCUUGUUUCUCUCCACUGUUGCGUCCAAUGCUUCUAAUCUCAUAAACCUCGUCAGGAAUCUCAAAACUUAUGGAAUAUUGAGCUAAAUAUUAGGAGGCAUUUAAAGCUUUUAUGCUUGGAGAUUUCGAAACGCUAGAGUUUGGCAGUCACUGAAGAUCAACAUUUUUUGUCAUGUUGGAAAAACUCACCUCGAUAUUCAUCAAACAUGACUGAGGAAGAUAAGUUGAAUGAUGAAGCCAACUCUUUAAUUACUGAAGUUCCAAUUAUACCCGGAUUUAAGAAGAGGAAGCGUCUUAGCCUUAGUAGACUCAAGGAGGUGAAAGCAUCUUUUCAUGCAAAACAAGGGCAAAGUACUUGUGUUAGUAAUAGUUCUAGGAAGUGUAAGCUAAAGAAGAGUGAGAGUACAACAAAUAGAUGGACACCUGAGAGGUAUAGGCUGGCAGAGCUAAGUAUGUUGGAGGUUAUGAAGGCAGAGGGAGCAACAUUUGCAAACCCAGUCCCACGUCCAGUGUUGAGAAUGGCAGCUCGUAAGCAUAUUGGUGACACUGGCCUUCUUGACCACCUUCUGAAACACAUUGAUGGCAAGGUAGCACCAGGUGGGGCUGAGCGAUUUCGGAGGUGGUUCAAUGCUAAUGGAAUAAUGGAGUAUUGGCUUGAAAAUGCUGAUCUUGUAAAUAUUAGACAGGAAGCUGGUGUGCAGGACCCGUAUUGGGUUCCUCAAUCUAGACCAUUGCAUGCUUGUGCCAACUUCCAAGAUUCUCAAUCUUCUGAGGAAAUGAGGCUUCUUAGGGCUGAAAUGACCAAAAUGAAGAGAGAUAUGCAGGAAUUGGCAUCGAAAUUUCGGGAUCAAGAACGGCUUAACUCCAUGGAGAUGAUUCAUGAGGAAUUGAUGAAAAGGGAAGCUGUGGCUGAGAAACACAGAAAUGAGAUUACUGGAUGUUUGAAGGGUCUGCAGGGCAUACUUUCUGGUGAAUUGAUGACUUGGAAAACAAAGGUUGAGCUGCAGCUAAUGGAAAUUUCCAGUUCUUUGGGUUGUAUACAACCUUCAAAGCAACUUCUUACAAGUCCUGCUUCUAAAAAAUGGGAAGAUUGGUUGGAGCGCACCAACCUUGAUAAUUUUCAGGAUGAUGAAAUUGCAUCUUGGUUUGAGGGCAACAAUACUUUUAGUGUGCAAGGGCAGCAGGAUGUUAUAUUUCAAGAUUCAUAUCGUCCUUUCGCUUCUUUUGAGUUGUAUGGAAAUAAUUCAGUGCAAGAUAUUGGUAGAGAAGGAGAGCAGGAACAUAUAAACAAAUGGUCUAAAAUAAAGAGAGAUGACAUGGAGAAACAAGAAGAUUAUGGGGCAAAUAUUACCCCUGAUUCUUCAGCUACGGGAAAUUCAACAUCGGAGUUUAAUACUUCAGUGCAUAUGUUUCAGGAAAUGUUUCAGGAGUUAUUUAGUUGGAAAGCUAAAAUGGAGAAACAGGUGAUGGAGUUGUGGAAUUCUGUACGCGAGUUACAGGCAUCAUCAUCAUCCCAUUUCAAGGAAUCAGGCAUUGGUUCCACGUUUAAGGGGUAAUUAGAAAGUGCUUUUGGAGUUCAUCUUUCUUAAUUAUAGGUUUAGAAGAAGAUAAUGUACAGCAUUUAGAAGCUGACAUUUAGGAUUUGGAAAAAAAAAAAAAGAAAAAAAUCUAACCACGAUGAGUAUUAGCCAACCAGGAAAUGUGUUUGUGACCUGAAUGGUUGGUGUCCUAACUCUGUUGACAUGCUGGCAUUGUUGGCCACGUGGAGAACCUUGAUUGGCUGGAUAAGUAGAUUCCUGCUUGUCACUGUUGCACAUAGUGGACUUGAUAGCCAGUAUAUACAUAUACUGAGCCUUUUGAUUCUUUUUCCACAUCCCCAAGCAGCAUGAUAUAACUUAUUUUGUUUGUAUCAUGUUGGAGGAUUUUAAUAUUAAUUAUAUUAUGUGGCACUUGUUGCUUUUCGGUUUA